GGUAUUGAUAAACACUAGUGAAUAGACAAACAUGGUUUAUAUAUAUAUAUAAUAUUGUAUAUAUGAUAUACGAUAAAUAGCCGUUAAUCUCGGAUAUUUCAGAAAUAUUGUAUAGUACUGCAAGUGUUACACGUAAUUAGUCAUAUGACGAUAACGUAUGACACAUCCGUCUUCAUACCCUGGGAGUUAACGUAGAUUGCGAAUCGUUUUUGCGCACUUUGUCAAACAUAUCGCAAUGGCUACGAUAACUUGUUUAUCUGACGAAGUGAUCAGCAUCAUCCUGGGAAAUGUUAAUAUCAGCAUUGAGGACAUCAUAAAUUUUGCUUCCACAUGUAAGCAUUUUCGCAGCAUGAUCAAUGAUGACAACAUACUUUGGCAAAACAAGCUGUAUCAAAGAUGGCCUAAUUUGAAGAAUAUUUAUGAUAAACGAAAAUGUGUAGGACAUAUAAAUUUUAAAAAAGAAGUAGAAGCAAGUAUAAUACGUAGGAAAGAAUUAUGGUGUUAUGUGAAGCAAAUGUCUGAAUUGCAUUAUUAUAAAGAUGAUCUUUCCAAUAGUGAUAUGAAGGAUUUCAAUUCAUUAUUCCAUUUAGAUAAAAGAACACAUUUUAUGAAUCAUUAUUUCAUCACAGAUGAGAUAAUGAAUUUUGUUGAAUCAUCUUCAAGGGACAUUAAUUUGACACAUGAAUAUUACCUCAAGAAACUUGUUCCAUAUCUGCGACAAUGUCAUUUAAAAGUGAUAUGGCAAAAAUUUAUAAAUAGCUCUGAUAAACAACAGCUUUUAGAGCAAGCAGCUAUUUUUGUAUCUCAAUGGUAUCAACCCAAAAAAUCUCUAUUCUAUCCAUAUGUAACAGCAUCUUUGGAAAACAUUGCACAGCAGGUAUUGGAAUGUCUUAAAAGAAAACAUCCCAUGCAUUCAAUUUUCUCGACGCCCACUGAAUUGUUUUCUUCUUGGAAAUAUAAUAAUAUUGAUGAUAAUCAAUGGGAUAGCAUAGAGGGGAAACAGAUUAUAGAUACGCUUCGAGAAGUUUUAUUUGAUGAAAUAGGUUUUUCCGGAACACUAUUUGAAAAUCCAGAAAUCACUUCAAAAUAUAUCCUUAUAGAUCAUGUUUUAGAAAGAAAAAUUGGUAAUCCUAUAUCCCUGGCAAUAAUAUUUGAAGCUGUAGCAAGAAGACUUGGCAUACGGUGUGAUAUAAUCUCUUUCCCAGGUCAUUUCUUUUUAAGUUGGAAGUCAAAAUAUAAUACAACAAAUUCCGAAGAUAAAGAAUGCUUCUAUAUUGAUGUUCUACAUCGUGGAUCUAUUCUAAGCAGGAAUGAUUGUCCCAAAAUUCGCGGUGCUAAGAAGUGUCCUGUAGAAAAUUUCAAUACAUAUAGCAAGAUUAGUGCUAUAGAGGUAAUGUUGCGGAUGAUCAAUUAUUUGCAAAAAGUACAUCAUUAUACAGAAACGCGUUCAUUAUUAGAGCUUCAACAUUUGAUAGAACCAGAUAAUGUAGACACGAUUAUGCAAUUGGGACACUAUUAUAUGCAAUAUCAAAUGGAUUUAUCAGACCUCAUGAUUAAAUUGACAGAAAUACAGAUUAACUGUAAAAAUAUUAGAUGUGCAGAAAUAAGACGCGCGGAAAUGGUACUGGAUAAGUUCAGGAAACAUACAGAAAUAUUUGUGUCUUGUAAUAAAACAAAUCUUGUAAUUAAACAAAGAAAAGAGCAAAGAACAAAGAAAAUGAUGUUCAAGAUUGGAAUGAUUGUGACAUGUCAUAAUAAAGUCACAUCUCGCUCUUCGUCAGGUGUAAUUAUUGGGUGGGAUGAGGAAUAUAAUCCGCGUGUGGAAAUGGAAUGGAUGCAAUGCAGACCUUUAUAUAAUCGUCCUGUUCUUGGACCAAAUACUCUAUCACAACCAUUUUACAAAGUUCUUUGUGACGAAGAUAUAGCGUAUUACGCCAUUGAGGAUGCUCUGGAGAAAAAAUCUUUUCCAGCUCCGAUAAAACAUAAAGAGAUUGGUCGAUAUUUUUGUAAAUUUGAAAAGGAUUAUUAUGUACCAAAUGAGAUGUUGGCAAAACAUUAUCCAUGCGAUCUACGAUAAUUAAGGCUCGAUAAUCAAUCAUUUGUAUUUUUAACUUUUUUAUCAAAACACCUAUAGACCUUAUAAAAUGUGCUGUCUUUUUUUUUUGCUAAAUGAAUAA